AUGACUGUGGAAGAGCAAAUCAAAGCUGAAGAUGAAGAUCAAGUGGUUAAUCAGAUCAUUGAAGAAGGUGAAAAGACAGAGUUGAAAGAUGAUAAGGAGCUCAUGGAUUUCAAUGAGUUAUCUGUGGAUUUUAAACUAGAAAGAUUACAAAAUUUGGUGAAACAAAGUCAAGUUUUCUCAAGUAUUAUUAGCGAUACAUUAUUAGAAAAUAGUUUAUCCAAGAGAAAGGCAAGAGAAGAAGAAAAAGUGAAACAAGAGACAAAUGAUGUGAGAGUUCAUGAUGAACCUCCAAAGAAAAAGUCUAAAAGGGGUAGAAAAUCUUCAAAAGAAGCUAAAAAUCAAUCACAAAUCUUGGAUUUCUAUUCAACUUCUGUAUCAGAUGAGACAAAAUUAACUAAAUCCAAAUUAGAACAAUCCCAAUCUAAUAACAACUCUACUAUUAAACAACCUUCAUUAGUAUCAGGUACUGAGAUGAGAGAUUAUCAAUUAGAAGGUACAGAAUGGUUAAUUACAUUAUAUGAAAAUGGUCUAAAUGGGAUAUUAGCAGAUGAAAUGGGAUUAGGUAAAACUAUUCAAUCUAUUGCAUUGUUAGCAUUCUUGUAUGAACAAGGUAUUAAAGGACCUUUCCUUAUUACUGCACCAUUAUCAACAGUAGGGAAUUGGGUUAAAGAAUUUGCUAGAUUUGCACCAUCAUUACCUGUUUUAGGUUAUGUUGGAUUAAAAGAUGAUAGAAAAUUAUUAAGAGAGGAUAAUUUCCAAAAUUGUUCCAUUAUUGUUACAAGUUAUGAAAUUGUUCUUAGGGAUUUAGAAUUUUUGAAUAAGAUUAAUUGGAAAUUUUUGAUUGUUGAUGAAGGUCAUCGUUUAAAAAAUUUAAAUUGUAAAUUAAUCAAAAAUUUAAAGAAAUUGAAAACUAGUAAUAGAUUAUUAAUCACUGGUACACCAUUACAAAAUAAUUUGAAUGAAUUAUGGUCAUUAUUAAAUUUUAUAUUACCUGAUAUUUUCCAUGAUUUAGAAUUAUUUCAAAAAUGGUUUGAUUUUAGUUCAUUAAAUUCAUUACAACAAAAUGUUAAAGAUGAUCAAACCAAAAAAUUAAUUGAUUCCAAAAUUCAAGAAAGUUUAGUUAAUAAUUUACAUACAAUCUUGAAACCAUUCUUAUUAAGAAGAUUGAAAAAAGAUGUUAUCAAAAAUUUGCCACCAAAAAGAGAAUAUAUCGUAUAUGGUUCACUUACUUCAAAACAAUCAGAACUUUAUAAACAUGCAUUAUUUAAAUCUUUAAAAAAAUCAAUUUUGAAAUUUGCCCUUGAAGAACAUAUUGGUGUUAAUAAUUUAAAAUUAACCAAAGAAGAAAUUGAUGGAUUUUUAUUUACCAAGAUGGAUUCAUCUUAUUUAGAAUCACAAGAUGAAAUAACCGCUGAUGAUAGAUUAUUAAGAUCUGAAAAACAAGAAUUAUUGAAAUUGAAAACAUCCAAGACAAAAUUAACUAAAAAUGAUAAACUUUUACAAAAAUCAUGGAAUUUAGUUAAUAAAUGGGUUGAUACUAAAAAUUUACAAAAUUUAUUAAUGCAAUUACGUCAAAUUUGUCUUUCAACUCAUUUAUUUUAUUUCCCAUGGGAAGAUGAAUCAUAUAUUGAUUUAGAAAGAUUAUUAUCAAAUUCAUCAAAAUUACAAAUCUUGGAUCAAUUAUUACCAAAAUUAUUAAAUAAGGGUCAUAAAGUUUUAAUUUUCUCACAAUUUACCAAAAUGCUUGAUUUAAUUGAAGAUUAUUUAGAAUUGAAAAAUUUACAAGUUAGUAGAUUAGAUGGAUCAGUUAGUCAAGAAGAUCGUGAAAUUGAAAUUCAAAAUUUUAAUAAUAAUGAAGAAGUUAAAAUUUUCUUAUUAAGUACUAGAGCUGGUGGGUUAGGUUUAAAUUUAACAAAAGCUGAUAGUGUUAUUAUAUUUGAUAGUGAUUGGAAUCCACAAGUUGAUUUACAAGCUAUGGAUCGUGUUCAUAGAAUUGGACAAACAAAACCAAUUGUUGUUUAUAGAUUAGUUAUUAAAAACACAAUCGAACAAAUUAUAUUAGCCAAGGCAGAUUCUAAAAGAAAAUUGGAAAAAUUAGUUAUUCAAUUGGGUAAAUUUGAAUCAUUGAAAAAAUUAAUGAAACAUGAUAAUCAAUAUACUUUUUCACAAAAGAAGGAAACAAAUAAAGAAGAAAAUCAAUUGGCUCAAGAACUUGCAGCUUUAUUAGAUGAUAAUAGAUUUAAAGAUAGUGGUUAUACUAUAAAUGAUUCAAAAUUAUCUGAAUUGGAAUUGAAUGAAUUAUUAGAUAGAAGUGAUGAAGCUUAUAAUAGAGGGAUUGAAUAUUAUCAAGAUGAAAAAUUCAAACAUAUUCAAAUCUUUGAGACUACAGCAACAUUUACAUGA